AUGGCCGCUGCUGCCAACCACCACCACCACCACCUCCUCCUCCUAUUCUCUCUCUCCUUACUUUCUCUCUCCACCGCACAACCACCACCCUCAGAAACUCAAUCCCUCCUCAAACUAAAACAAUCCCUCACAAACUCCGAUAAAAUCUUAGCCUCAUGGAUCCCAAACGUCUCUCCAUGUUCAGGCACAUGGACUGGUGUUAUCUGCUUCAACAAUGUGAUCACAGGUCUGCAUCUCUCCGACCUCGGCCUCUCCGGAACUAUAGACGUCGAAGCUCUCGCCGAGAUUCGUGGCCUCAGAACAAUCAGCUUCAUCAACAACUCAUUCUCCGGUCCAAUGCCGCUGUUCAGCAAACUCGGCACCAUCAAGUCUCUUCUCCUCACGCAAAACCAAUUCUCCGGCCCUAUUCCGCCGGACUUUUUCGGUCAUUUAACCUCCCUGAAAAAAAUCUGGCUCAGCGAUAACAAAUUCAGCGGCAACAUUCCGGCUUCUUUAACCCAACUCGACCUCCUCAUAGAGCUUCAUCUCGAAAGAAACCAGUUCUCCGGCCGGUUACCGGAUCUCAAACAAGCUAUCAAAUCUUUAGACGUUUCGAAUAACAAGUUAGAAGGUCCUAUUCCUGAAGGCCUGUCCAAAUUCAGUGCAGCUUCGUUUUCCGGAAAUGAAGGUCUCUGUGGAAAACCGUUGGAAAAUCCAUGUGACGCUUCAUCUUCCUCCGACUCCGAGUAUUCGCUACCAGAUAUACCAACAGAAAACGGUUCUGAAUCCGGUUUGGUGUUUAAAGUGAUAAUGAUUCUGAUAGUGGCAGUUAUAGCAGCAGCUAUAUUUAUGCUUCUGAAAUCUCGACAACGAAGACGCGACGACGAUUUCAGCGUCGUGAGCGGAGACUCCAGCCAAGACUCCAGCGUCGAAGAAGUCAUGCAAGUGAACGUGCCGAUAAGCCGAUCUUCGUCCGCAUCAGAGAGAGUCGGGAGAAGGAACGUGGGAGAAUCGUCGAAAAGAGGAGGAAUGGGGGGUGGGAAUAGAACUGGGCUAGGUGAUCUUGUGAUGGUGAAUGAUGAGAAGGGUUCAUUUGGUUUACAGGAUCUGAUGAAAGCUGCUGCUGAAGUAUUGGGGAACGGCGGAUUGGGAUCGGCUUAUAAAGCUGCAAUGGCAAACGGGUUGAGUGUCGUUGUGAAGAGGAUGAGGGAGAUGAAUAAAAUCGGUAAAGAUGUGUUCGAUGCUGAGAUGAGACAGUUUGGGAGGAUUCGACAUGCUAAUAUUUUGACUCCUUUGGCGUAUCACUAUAGGCGAGAAGAAAAGCUUUUCGUUACCGAGUAUAUGCCUAAAGGAAGCUUGUUAUACGUCUUGCAUGGUGACAGAGGAUUAUCUCAUGCCGAAUUAACUUGGCCUAUUCGAUUAAAGAUCGCUAAAGGAAUUGCGAGAGGUUUAAGCUUCCUUUACACCGAGUUUUGCACCUACGAUUUGCCUCAUGGAAACCUGAAAUCAAGCAAUGUUCUAAUAUCUAAUGAAUAUGAGCCUCUGUUAAGUGAUUAUGCUUUUCAACCACUGAUCAACCCGAGCAUUGCAGUGCAAUCAAUGUUUGCGUACAAAACACCCGAUUACGUUCAAAACCAGAAGCUUUCACAGAAAGCCGAUGUUUAUUGCCUCGGAAUCAUCCUUCUUGAACUCAUGACAGGGAAAUUCCCUUCUCAGUAUCACAGUAAUGGUAAAGGCGGUACAGAUGUUGUUCAAUGGGUUCUCACAGCAAUUUCUGACAGACGAGAAGCUGAAUUGAUUGAUCCCGAGUUACAAAAGAGUGCAUCAAAUUCAAUGAAUAGUAUGCUCCAACUUCUCUUAAUUGGUGCGGCUUGUGCCGAAAGUAACCCCGAACAAAGAGUACAUAUGAAAGAAGCUAUUAGAAGGAUAGAGGAAAUACAACUCUAA